CUUAUUGGUGGGCGCCUAUAUGGUGAUGAGAAUCCGCUAAAGGGAUUUUUAUUAUGACGAGAGACGAGUCAAACCAUUCGUUUCAACUGUGGCAUAAACUUGUACAAUAUGCGGACACAUUGAAAAGACCGUGUUCCUCGAAACGGAUUCUUUAAUCUAUCAUUUGUCUGCGACUUUCUUAAUUUUGAACCCUUGGCCUAUGCCUGUGAAUAUCCUUAUCUUUGACUUUUAUUUAUUCCACACGGCAUGAUUUUCUCUCAGUGUAUCCAAGAAGCCUUCUACUUGUUUUAUCGUGGUUUUAAUUUUUAGUUAAAAACGUUUUCAAUUUAAAGAUAAGUGUGUCUAUAAACGGCAUGCGGUGUUGUUGCCUGAUUACAUAAUUUGGGCGCUAAAAGCGUAGUGGCAUUUGUGCACUGCACUUGCUCAGGGACUGGUGGUGUUGAAAUUUCCGUGCCAAGUCUACCGUUUUUCGGGUAACGGGAAUGCCAUUCCCUGCAACGGGUUACGAUAUUUACAUGGUCGGUCCUCUAAAAUCAUCUACUGCUGCUCAGUUUCCUCCGUCGCACCACUACAACUACAUGCUCGAUUUCCAGGUUGGAUCUGCAAAUGCCCGGAAUCCUUACCCACUUCGCUCGCAAACCGGGGAGAAAUCUCCCGUAGUCGCCCAGUCGAACAACAGCACCCAGUCGAUCCUCAGUGGCCGGAGGAGCCCGCGUGUCGAACGUCUGGACCGGCUGGAUUCGUUGGAGGACGGUUUGACAUCCGGGGAGUCCGACGAUAAUGAGGUGCCCCCCAUAACCCUCAUCCUCAGGGAGCCCCCGCGACGGGGUUUCCGGCGGAAGAACCUCACCACCACCAGCACGCCCAUCCUCAAAAACUACGAAAACAAGAACAGAGCGAGGAAGACGGUGCGCUUCGCCGAUGAUGUCGGGCUGGAUCUGACUAACACGUUUGAAUUCGCUGAAGAGGAGGAUGAUGGUUACUGGGAACCGGAAGCGGAGCCCCGUGUUGACCUGUUCGGCUCGUCUGCCAAACCACAAAAUGCUGAUGAUCUGGUGGUGGAGAUAUCCGAAUGGCAGGUGAAUUUCAGCCAGCCGGCCGCUGAUUAUAUGGGCUUUCGGGAGAAACUGGAGAGUAAUGUUGUCGCGCUGGAGAAUGUGAUAAUCAAGCAGAAGUCAGAGAGUUUUCUGGGCACCAUCAAGGUGAAGAAUGUGUCCUUCAAGAAGGAUGUCUUUGUGCGAUGCACAUUCAACGGCUGGCAAACAUACUCCGAUUUCCCGGCGAAAUAUUGCAGUAGUAGCACGGACAUCUACGAUACGUUUAGCUUCGAGAUUGCAAUUCCGGAAGAGGCCGAGCAGCGUCAUUUAAUUGAAUUUUGUGUGGCAUUGCGAACAGAUGGAAAGGAGUACUGGGAUAGCAAUCAGGGAAAAAAUUAUCAGUUGAUUACGGGACACAUGAAGCACAAACGCACACUGGAAAAGCAUACAGAUGCGUACAGGAUUGAAUCGCCCAGCAAAUCUUGGGGCGAAUUCGCCAGCUGGAACCAGUUGGAAAACCAUCAACCGUAUUGGUGAUUUUCUGUUUAUGUGCGCAUUUGGAGCUGGAGCGGAAUAGAAAUGCCGGCAUUGAUUUUCGGUGAUCAGAUCGUAAUUUAUUCUUUAUAUCGGCCAAGGAUGUGUUUUGGAUGUUUUGUACAGUUUUCAAGUUGUACUCGUUUAAUUGUUCGGAUCUUUCAAACACUGACGUAUUUAUCGUUUUACAUAAUAUGAUUGGCAUUGCAACUCAAACAGCAGGAAUGAGUUUGCUGUGUGGCAAAGACCGUUCUUGCUCAUCGGAUGUUCUCUUUCAUGGAAUCUGCAGAAAUUAUUUGGCUCAAAACGGUUACAGUAUUUCCUCCCGGGGGUGGAUCCGUGUGUAAUGGAUGCGUUCUGCUUUCGGCACAUCGCAGAUGCAAACUAAUGGUGCUGUCCUCGCUGGCAAUACUGUACAGUAAUAGUGCGAAUAACCUUUUGUCCUUCACAAGGUCUUUGCUCUUUAAGACUUUUAGCUGUAUAAAAUUCUUGAUUUUUGGCACUUUUUGCGGAUGUGUUUUCGCGAUUGGAUGCUCUGUGAUAUACCGAACGUUUUCAUGCUUCUUUGGCUGAUUGUACCACUAUUUAAUAUAACGUUUGUGCGUUUUUAAUAUGUGACUCUGUUUUAACGUUAUUAUGUUCUAAUAAUAACUCACCAUGAGCAUUAUUGGAUGAAUCAAAAGACAUCGUCAAUUG